AUGUAAAUUCAUAAUAACUAACAACCUGGUGUUAAUUAGGGUUAUAACUAAUACUAAAAACCCUCAUAAUAAUAAUAUCAAGGAAUUAAUAACUAUAAUUAUCCAUCAGUUCAAACUUAGCCACAAUAUAUCCCUCAUUAACAAUAGCCUUUAUAAGGAUAACCUAUUAAUAAUUAGGAUUAAUAAUAUGUAUAUGGAGCACCAAUAGGAAUGGCUUAAGGUAUGCCAAUGAAACUUCCAAGAACUGCAGAUGGAGUUAGAUUUCCAGUUGAGAUCGAAUGUUAAUUUUGUAGAAGAAAUACAAAAACAAGGAUUGAAUAUAAGUCAGGACAAAGUGUUUGUUGUUGUUCUUGUUUAUUACUAUUUACUAUUCCAAUAUUGGCCUUUAUACCUUGUAUUAUGAAUUCUUAAAAAGAUGUUGUACAUUAUUGUACUUAAUGCAAUCAUUAAGUUGGUUUUGCUCAAAAAAAGUUAUGUGAUUGA